AUGUCGGUGCCAAGCGCGCUCGUGAAGCGGCCUCCUCUCCAGUGCACGGCUGGGGCCGUCCUGGCUCGCAAUGAGAAAGGUGAGCUUUCCAUGGAGAGAGUGAAGGUGAAACGCUAUGUAUCCGGAAAGAGGCCACACUACGCCCCUCUGGAGUCCUCAGAUGAGGAAGAAUUUCAGGUCCUAAAGCGAGCCAGAGAACGAGCCACAGAGCCUGAGGAGCAGGACGAGGACUCAUUUAGUGACCCUCGUGUGCGGCGCUUACGAAACCGGAUCAGGGAAGAUGUGGAAGCCAGAUUGGCUCGACAUCGGGAAACAGUGGAACCUGAAGUGGUAGGAGAAAGUGACUCCAAAGUCCAGGGAGAUGAUUGUCACAUGGAAGGAGAAGACAGCAGUGAAGGAGAGGAGGAAGAAAUGCAUGAUGAGGAAAUAGAACGGCGCCGUGGCCUGAUGUGCCAGCGAGCACAGGAAAGAAGAAAGGAAGAGAUGGAUGUCAUGGAGGUGGAAGAGGAAGGACGUGCUGGGGAAGAGUCGGAAUCAGACUCUGAAUACGAAGAGUACACAGACAGUGAAGACGAGAUGGAGCCUCGCCUGAAGCCAGUCUUCAUUCGAAAGGAGGACCGAGUGACAGGUCAAGAACAUGAGGCCCAAGCCCUAAAACAGAGGGAGUUGGAGCAGGAAGCUAAACGCGUGGCUGAGGAGAGGCGCAAGUACACACUCAAGAUUGUCGAAGCAGAGACCAAGAAAGAGCUCCAGGAGAACACACGGUCCCUGGCCGCACUGGAUGCUCUAAACACUGAUGAUGAAAACCAGGAGGAUGACUAUGAGGCGUGGAAAGUUCGAGAGCUCAAAAGAAUCAAGAGGGACCGAGAAGACCGAGCAGCACUUGAAAAGGAAAAAGCAGAAAUUCGACGCAUGCGAAACCUGACUGAGGAAGAGAGACAAGCUGAGCUUCGGGCAAAUGGGAAAGUCAUCACCAACAAAGCUGUGAAAGGCAAAUACAAGUUUUUACAGAAGUAUUAUCACCGAGGUGCCUUCUUCAUGGAUGAGGAUGAAGAACUAUACAAGAGAGAUUUCAGCUCACCGACCCUUGAGGAUCAUUUUGACAAAACGAUCCUUCCCAAAGUCAUGCAGGUCAAGAACUUUGGACGUUCUGGUCGUACCAAAUAUACACACCUUGUGGAUCAAGACACCACUUCCUUUGACUCAGGAUGGGGUCAAGACAGUGCCCUGAACAGAAAGUUCUUUAAACAGAGGGCAGCUGGAUUAUGA